AUAAAAACAAAUCUGAAGCAAAAAAAAAAACACUAAAUAUAAAUAUAAAAAUAAAAUACGAAUAAAAAGACACAACGAAAAUAUAAAAAUAUUCAUCUUGUUUAUUGCAAAAUCAAAAAUAUAUGUAGAUAUUGUGAAAUUUGGGACAAAUUUUAUCUUCCGUUAAGAAAUACAAACAACAAUUUUCACAUAGAAAAAACAUAAAAAAGUGCGUUUCCAAAAAAAAAAAAAAACAAAAAAUUAAAAAGAAAAGAAAACAUUUGAAUUUAAACAAAAUAAUUUCCUCGUUUUUUCCACAAUCCCACACUUUAGGUGCAAUAAAAUAAUACCAACGCAAAAAAAACCAACUUCCUCAAACGAAGAAACAACGACAGCCAACAUAAAAUGGCCAUACUCCUUGUGCACUUGCGACGCUUAAUACUUUUAAUCAGUAUCGUUUAUUUGAGUGGCGCCUUUGUAAGGAAACUGCUGACCGAUUCACGUCACGCCUACUUAAUGCAUAUGAAUGGCAAAACAUUUUGGGCGAAACAUUUGCAUUUUCAGUGGUGGGCCUACAUUUACACGUGUUAUGCUUAUGUGGUGCUGGUGAACUAUGUGAAUAUGAGACGUUUUACCAAUAUGCUUGAAAUAUUUCUCACUUGAGAUUUGGAAAUGAAAUUAAGUGAAGGAAAAUUUUUUUGUAUUAGUUUUGGUUAGUGACAACAUAAUCUUUGUAAUAAAAAAAAAUUAUAUGAAUAUGUUGUAAAAAAACAAAUAUUUUUGAAAUUGAGAAUAAUAUUUUUUUGAUAAUAAAAAAUUGAAAUUAAUCAUAAAACUUAAAACUCUUUUGAUGG